UGUAUUUUGUAAAUAAACAGAGGCCCAUACUACUUUUUUUUCAGUUCCAUAUCUUUUUGUUGUUGAAAAGCUUAAUAUAAAAUCUAUAUUCAAUUUCACUACGUUUUCCAGCUAUAUUUAACGAGUUUUAAUCCACAUAUGUCCAACUGUUACCGUGUAAUAUCCAAGUGAGUUGGAAAAGGACGAUAGAUAUAUGCUGAUUCUCAAGAAAAUAAAGAUAGGAUACCUAUGUUGAAGAAACGGUAAAAAUAUAAAUAUAUACUUGGGUAGUGGAUGCGAUCAGAUUGAUCUACAUUUGACAUACAGAUUAGGGCAUACAACAAUCGGAAAAAUUUUAAGAAAAGUUUGCAUGGCUAUUUGGGAAUGUUUACUACCAGAAUCCUUUCCCGAGUUUACGGAAGAACGGUGGAAAACGGUUGCUGAUGGUUUUCAACAAUACUGCCAGUUUCCAAAUUGCUUGGGAGCUAUUGACGGGAAGCAUGUCAGACUUAGAAAACCAAAAAUGAGCGGGUCUCUCUUUUAUAAUUAUAAGCAUUUUUUUCCAUUGUUUUAUUGGCAAUUGCAGAUUCAAAUUACAACUUCAUAUACAUCGAUGUUGGAGAAUUUGGAAAGGAAUCUGACUAUAUUUCAACGGUCUUCUUUCAACAGAAAGCUCGAAGAAAAUACAUUGAAUAUUCCAAGACCACAACCUCUACCAGUGGUGGGAUUCUGUAACGCCAAAGCGAAGCGAAAACGUGACGAAACGACAGUUUUGCUCGGUUCGGUAUUCUGUAAAGGGAUUCGGCAAUAGUCGUGUUUGCCGAAGCAAAGAACGACCUCAUGACGAUAACGAAAAAUUUUAGGGUUCGUUCUCAUUACGAAAAGUCCGACGACGUUUUUGAUUGGUUUACUUUUACCACGUGACCAAGUCUUAAGCGUCAUAUUAUGACACUUGAAUGAUUUCGAUUUCGAGGUUAUAAUUUUGAAUGUUUUGCUUCACAAUAUCACAAUUCUUAAUAUUAAGUUUGAAAUUCAUUCUAUUAAUUAUUGAAAAAUUGCGUUAUGAAAGUUAUGAACGAUGGAGUAGGACAACUUUUAUGCGUGAAAGUGGAGUACCCAAUUGAUUCGAUAGAUAAGGUUCCUUUUUAAUUUCGAAAUAUCUUCAAGUGCUUUUCUCUAUUGAACGAGGUUCCAGUCAGAUUUUCUUCGAGUGCUUAAAAUUUGUUUUUUGUGAUAAUUAAGAAUAGCAUCAAGCUCUGAAGGUAAAUUUUAAACAAUAUAUUUUGUGAACACUACAAUCAAUAGCAUAACAAUUGCUGUUAUACUCUGGUUAUACAUUAUUUCUUAUUUGAAUUUGCAGAAUGGAUUCAGAGAAAAGAGCAGAAACCAAUCCGCUGCAGUGGUCAACAUUUCUGGAUUUCGCCGAAGUUAAUCCAGAAAUAUUAACGAAAAAAUUUCAAGGAAUUAAUGGCAGGAAGACAUAUGAAGAAAAAUGGGCUGAAAUAGUGACUACAUCGAAUAGUAUGGGUUACCAAAAUAAACCUGUAGCAAAAUGGCAAAAGGCUGUUGCGGAUUGGAGGUCCAAAGUUAAAGGGAAGGCAGCAUCCAUCAAAAAGGGGUUGUCUCAAACAGGUGGAGGUGGACCUUCAUGUGUACUGAAUGAGAAUGAGUUGAGACUACUGGCCAUAAUAGGCACAAUAGCUGUUAUAGGUGUAACAGAGGUUGAAAGAGGAAUUGUCCAAGAAGAAAUACCGACAACUUCUUCAAAUGAAGAGAAGGAAAAUAUUUCAUUAUCGCCACCGCCACUUAUGCCUCUAUUGAUGAGUGGUUGUGGCGAGAAAAGAGAAUUAUUGGAGGAUGGGCCAAAAAAAAUCGUCAAGAAAAAUAGGACAAUGGAAAAAAAAAACCACCAAAAAAUAUAAGAAGUUUGCAAAAUCUACAUGUAGAAAGCUUGCAAGCCAUGAAAGAAAUUUCGAAACACAUUGGAUCACUGGCAGAGAGCAUUAAACUUCUGGCGGAAUCGAAUUUAAGCUUAGUGGAACAAAUGAAAAAAAGAGACAAUUCAUGAUUGUAUAGGUAUAUAAAUAAAAUAAAUUAUUUUUCCAUG